GCUUCGUGCUUCCCGGGUGCUGAUUGUUGGAAUGAAAGGGCUUGGGGCUGAAAUUGCCAAGAACCUUAUCCUGGCAGGAGUGAAGGGACUGACCAUGCUGGAUCAUGAACAGGUAUCUCCAGAAGACUGUGGAGCUCAGUUCUUAAUUCGGACUGGGUCUGUAGGCCAAAAUAGGGCUGAGGCCUCUCUGGAACGAGCCCAGAAUCUGAACCCCAUGGUGGAUGUAAGGAUGGACACUGAGGACAUAGAGAAGAAACCUGAGGCAUUCUUCACUCAGUUUGAUGCGGUGUGCCUGACUUGCUGCUCCAGGGAUGUCAUUGUUAAAGUCGACCAGUUCUGUCACAGAAACAGCAUCAAGUUUUUCACAGGAGAUGUCUUUGGGUACCAUGGGUACACCUUUGCAAAUCUUGGAGAGCAUGAGUUUGUAGAAGAGAAAACCAAAGUUGCCAAAGUUAGUCAAGUAGUAGAAGAUGGACCUGACACCAAGAGAGCAAAGCUGGAUUCAUCUGAGACAACCAUGGUCAAAAAGAAAGUGCUUUUCUGCCCUGUAAAAGAGGCGCUGGAAGUAGAUUGGAGUGGAGAGAAAGCCAAGGCCGCUCUGAAGCGCACAGCCCCAGACUACUUUCUGCUGCAAGUGGUGCUUGAAUUCCGCACGGAUAAAGGGCGGGACCCCAGCUCUGACAGCUACAGCGAGGACGCGGAGCUGCUGCUGCACAUCAGAAACGAUGUGCUUGACUCGCUGGGCGUCAGCCCCGACCUGCUUCCCCAUGACUUUGCCAGGUACUGCUUCUCUGAGAUGGCCCCAGUAUGUGCUGUGGUUGGAGGGAUCUUGGCACAGGAAAUUGUGAAGGCCCUGUCUCAACGGGACCCUCCUCACAACAAUUUCUUCUUUUUCGACGGCAUGAAGGGGAGUGGAAUUGUGGAGUGCCUAGGUCCCAAGUGAGCCACAGCCACUGGCGGGAACCUGCCAUCGCUCGAGUAUGGCCAUCGCAUAGCACCCCUCUGCCGUUGCUCACUUGCUAUCAUUGGGGACCGACAGUGUGGCAAGAGCUGCAUGCUUGCCACCUCUUGUCUCCCUCCCUUCAGUGGGUCAGCAGAAAGGAGCAGGGGUAUAAGGCCCAUUUGAAACCCAGUGGAAUUCACUUCUGCCAAACCCUGAAGGACUGUGAACAGCCCGUGUUACGGAGCCUUCAUCAGGCUGUAGCCUGGGCUGUGGAAUGGGAGAGACUGUCACCCAGCUAUCUUACAAGUUAAACCUUAGUGGAACUGUUCAUAUCUUGUCUUUUGGUUUUGGACCUAUUAGCUUAACCUUUAAUGGUGGAGCCAUCUCUUAAGAGUUUCUCUGUGUAGCUCUGGCUGUCCUGGAACUCGCUCUGUAGACCAAGAUGGCCUCAAACUCACAGAGGUCCGUCUGCCUUUACCUCUGAAGUGCUGGGAUUAAAGGUGUGCUCCACCACCGCCCAGCCCCAAAUUUUUAUUUCUAAAAGUCAAUCCCGGGAGCCAUGUGUGGGCCUGGAAAUUGAGAUGCAGGGUCAGGAGAAAUGCUGUAAAUUUCAAGGCCAAGCUGGUCUACAUAAUGUACCAAGACACUGUCUCAAAAUACAAAAGGUAUGUGCCAGAGUGGGAGGUUUCACUCUCCCGGUUUUGUGGUCUUGGGCACCAGGUCCUCAAGUGAGAGGGCUGGGUUGGUUUGGUCUUUUUUGGGGGGGGUGGGACAACUUGUCUUUUCUAGUUCAUAGAUUCCCUUGGCUGUUUGUGAGGAGUGAUAAUAAAGCAAUAACACUCUCAA